ACCGCUCCCUUCCCUCUCCCAUCGGAGUUUCAGGUGAAUGGUCACAGAGGGAGGAGGCCGCCACACCACUCCCCCUCGCUAUUGUCCACCUCUCCGCUUCUCCUUCCCCUGGCGGAGGCGCCGGGACUCCGGGGAGAACUAGCCAGAUCGCCGAGGAGCCCGAGCCGGGUGCAGCAGAUUGGCCUAUCUUGGGAGCUACGGGGCAUUGCUCAUCCUGAAGAUCAGGUGACCACCGACAUCAGCCAUGUCAUCCAGGCCUUUUGAAAGUCCACCUCCUUACAGACCUGAUGAAUUCAAACCCAAUCAUUAUGCACCAAGCAAUGACGUAUAUGGUGGAGAGAUGCACAUUCGACCAAUGCUCUCUCAGCCAGCGUAUUCUUUCUACCCGGAAGAUGAAAUUCUCCACUUCUACAAAUGGACCUCUCCUCCAGGAGUGAUUCGGAUUCUGUCUAUGCUUAUUAUCGUGAUGUGCAUUGCCAUUUUUGCCUGUGUUGCCUCCACUCUUGCCUGGGACAGAGGCUAUGGAACCUUAGUGGGAGGUGGCAUUGGCUACCCUUAUGGAGGAAGUGGCUUUGGUAGCUACGGAAGUGGAUAUGGCUAUGGUUAUGGCUACGGUUAUGGCUAUGGAGGAGGCUAUACAGAUCCAAGAGCGGCAAAGGGAUUUCUACUGGCCAUGGCUGCCUUUUGUUUCAUGGCUGCAUUGGUGAUAUUUGUUACCAGCGUUAUAAGAGCUGAAAUAUCUAGAACAAGAAGAUAUUAUUUGACUGUGAUAAUAGUGAGUGCUGUCCUGGCCGUUAUGGUGUUUAUUGCCACAAUUGUCUAUAUAAUGGGAGUCAACCCAACUGCCCAGGCAUCUGGGUCUCUCUACAGUUCACAAAUAUAUGCCCUCUGCAACCAGUUUUAUACACCUGCAGCUGCUGGAGUCUAUGUGGAUCAAUAUUUAUAUCACUACUGUGUGGUGGAUCCCCAGGAGGCCAUUGCCAUUGUGCUGGCGUUUAUGGUUAUUGUGGCUUUUGCUUUAAUAAUUUUCUUUGCUGUGAAAACUCGAAGAAAGAUGGACCGGUAUGACAAGUCAAAUAUUUUGUGGGACAAGGAACGUAUUUAUGAUGAGCAACCCCCCAAUGUCGAAGAGUGGGUUAAAAACGUUUCUGCAGGCACACAAGACAUGCCUCCUCCCCUUUCUGACUACGGGGAGAGAGUGGACAGCCCCGUGGCCUACUCCUCCAAUGGUAAAGUGAACGAGAAGCGACUGUAUCCAGAGUCUUCCUAUAAAACAACACCGGUGCCUGAAGUGGCUCAGGAGCUGCCAGUGACUUCACCUGUGGAGGACUUCCGGCAGUCUCAUUACAGCAACAGUGGUAACUUGGAGACGCUUUCAAAAAGGGCUCCCUCGAAGGGCAAGGCAGGAAAGUCGAGGAGAUCAGAGCAAGACCACUAUGAAACAGACUACACGACGGGCGGCGAGUCCUGUGAUGAGCUGGAGGAGGACUGGAUCAGGGAAUAUCCACCUAUCACUUCAGAUCAACAAAGACAACUGUACAAGAGGAAUUUUGACACUGGCCUGCAGGAAUACAAGAGCUUACAAGCAGAACUUGAUGAGAUCAAUAAAGAACUCUCUCGUCUGGAUAAAGAACUGGAUGACUAUAGAGAAGAAAGUGAAGAGUAUAUGGCUGCCGCUGAUGAAUACAACAGACUGAAACAAGUUAAGGGAUCUGCAGAUUACAAAAGUAAGAGGAAUUAUUGCAAGCAGUUGAAGAGCAAAUUGUCACACAUUAAGAAGAUGGUUGGAGAUUAUGAUCGACGGAAAACAUAGACAGCAGAUGCCACAUUGUUAGGUUAAGAAGUAUCUGACUGACAUCUCUGCAAUGUUAUCAGGAGUCAAAAUGACUUUGGACUCUAACCUGGGAGGCCAAAUCUUUGUGAUCAUUACAGAGUUUUGGUAGUUUUAAUAUCAUCAGUAUUGAAUGAUAUCAUCAGUAUAUCAUCAUUUUAUAAAUAGCUUUUGAUAAUCGACUGGGCUGAACACUCCAAGUAAGGACUUUAUGCUUUAAACAUUGGUUCUUGUAUUAAGAACUUUUGUUUGAGGUUUUUAAAGCUUUAAGGAAGGUCCUGGAGUACACUGUGCUGUGAACUUUCACACCCUAGGCAAUCAGGUGUUAAUACCUAAGUAUGCUCAUUGGGUCUUGUAGGGGAUAGUUUAAUUCUCCCAGAAUUCUCCCUUCAGAUAACUGUUACUUAUAAUCAUUUAUUUUCAGAUAAGGAAACUGGGGCCCUGCAAUAAAGUCUCUGAAGUGAAACUGCUUGUUGCCUAGCUUGCAGUUUUGGUUAAGUCUGUUUUAUGACUCCAUUGAUAAAGUCCCUGGCCUUUUCCUAUUUUAACUACUACGGAUACUGAGUCCUACCAGCCUCCAUAUUGAUUUUUUUCUGUGUAUAAAUGCUGAAGAGCUUUUUAUUUCAUGUUAUCCUGGUAAUAAAGAUCAUGUAAAAGUAACAAAUGUGUGAAAUUUGAAGAUUGUAAAUAUAUGUUUACCUUUUAAAAAUCAAAGUUUAAACCUACUGGUUAGAAUUUUGUUGCGUAUUUUUAAAUGCUUUUUGUCUUUUAUGGUUUACAUGCUUUUUUUAAACCAACUAGCCUUUUCCAUUAUAUCAAAGUAUCCAAUUACAAUUCAAUUGUGACUUGAAUUGUAUCUUAUGGGAAUAUUCAAGUUUUGUACAUAUUUUAUAAUUAUUAAAACUGGUGUUUUCUUUC